GGAUCAUCUGCGGCGACAUAAGAGGACUCGCACUGGGAGGGAGUCCUGUCAGUGCCUGGAAUGUGGGAAAAGCUUCCCUGGCAGUGGAUGCUUACAUUUACGUCAAAGGAUGCACUCAGGGGAGGAACCGUGCCUAUGCCUGGAGUGUGGGCAGAGCUUCACUCAGGAGAGACAUCGACAUACACAUCAAAGGACUCACACUGGGGGGAAACCUUACAAAUGCCUGGAGUGCGUGCAGAGCUUCACUCAGAGUUCGGAUCUACGUUUACAUCAAAGGACGCACACUGGAGAGAAACCCUACACUUGCCUAGAAUGUGGAAAGAGCUUCAUUCAGAGUGGACAUCUACAUAGGCAUCAAAGGAUCCACACUGGGGAGAAACCCUACAAAUGCCUGGAGUGUGGAAAGAGCUUUGCUCGGAGUGACGAUCUAGGUUCACAUCAAAGGACCCAUUCUGGCGUGAAGCCCUAUACGUGCCUGGAGUGUGGCAGGAGUUUCACUCACAGUUCAAGUCUACGUUCACAUCAAAGGACUCACACUGGGCAAAAGCCUUGCGAAUGCCUUGAGUGUGGAAAGAGCUUCACCGAGAGUGGAAGUCUGCGUUCACAUCAAAGGACUCACACUGGGGAGAAACCCUAUACGUGCCUGGAGUGUGGACAGAGUUUCACUCAUAAUUCUGGUUUAUGGGCACAUGAAAGGACUCACACUGGGGAGAAACCCUAUACAUGCCUGGAGUGUGGAAAGAGAUUCAAUCACAGCGGAAGUCUACGUAAACAUCAGAGGAUUCACACUGGAGAGAAACCCUACACAUGCCCCGAGUGUGGGCAGAGCUUCACUCAGAGUUCCCAUCUGCGUUCACAUCAAAGGACUCACACUGGGGAGAAACCCUAUACGUGCCUGGAGUGUGGACAGAGCUUCAUUCGUAGUUCACAUUUACAUUCACAUCAAGGAACUCACUGGGGAUAAGCCUUAUAAACACAUGCCUUUUAGAGCCAUUGAGCCUUGGCAGGAGUUGGGGAUUUCAUGACCAGGGUGGAAGAGGGAUCCUUGGGGGAGGAGGAGGGAAUGGUCUUAGCUGAAUUGUGGGAUUUUGUGGAUUGUUGUGUCAUCAUGGUUGUUUUGUUCUUCUGGCUGAAGGAUUUUAAUCUUUGUUUUCUGUUUGUGGAGAAAGGUGGGAUAGAAAUAUCCUAAAUAAAUGUCUUGUGGAAAGAAACAUAGAAUUCAGAUUGAAGGGAACCGUCUGAAUUUGACCCCAGAAGGACUCUCCAACAAAGUUUUUAUGUUGGUAAAGCUUUUUAGGCAUGCAUCAUCCUUUCGCAACAAUGUAAUUCUGUUUAACUAGGAAACCAGAGGUUAAAACAACCAAGUAUAUGGAAUAUAAUAUAAUAUAAUACAAUAUAAUAUAAUAUAAUACAAUAAUAUUAUAUACACUCAACUCCACCACUCCUUUCCACCAAAUACCAAGGAAGCUGCCGGGACCUUGAACCAGUGCCUGGCAGCUGGAUGAGAGCUAACAGGUUGAAGCUUAAUCCAGGCAAGACAGCGGUCCUCCUGGUGAGUGGUGGGGCUGACUGGGGCAUGGGUUGGCAAUCUGUGCUUGGCGGGGCAACACUCCCCCUGAGGGUGCAGAUCCGUCGCUUGGGGUCCUCCUGGACUCAAUGCUGUCUCUUGAUGCUCAGGUGCCAGCGGUGGCCAGGAGGACCUCUGCACAGCUUAAACUUGUGCGCCAGCUGCAAUCAUACCUUGUGAAGUUUGACUUGGCCAGGGUGGUCCAUGCCUUGGUUACAUCCAGAUUGGACUACUGCAGUGCAUUCUACGUGGGGCUGCCCUGGAAGAUGGCCCACCUAUCUUCGUGAUCGCAUCUCCCUCUAUGAACCAGCGUGAACUCUUAAGAUCUACCAGGGAGGCCCUCUUCUCGUUGCCACCACCAUCAUCAGUGCGGUUGUUGGAGAUGAGGGAGAGGGUCUUCUCGGUGGUAGCCCCCCUCCUCUGGAACGCUCUCCCCAGGGAAAUAAGACAGGCCCCACCCCUCUCCUCUUUUCGUAAGAGCUUGAAGACUUGGUGGUUUCACCAGGCCUUCGAGAACGAUGAGCACAAGCUCCAGCCCUCUGCCCACUACUUAGGAUCUGGUCCUUCACCCCUACCUAUUACCCUGGUCAGUUCCUUAAUUGGCUCAGGAAAUGAGCAUCGGC